GUGAGGCAGCUUGCAUGAAUGGCGCUUGCAAGGGAUAGCACGGUGCUGCUGCAGGACCUGGACAUCUAGGCAAGUGGCCGGGCAGCCCAUGAGGCAGGCUCCCCAGCCAGGUGGCAGGAAGGGAGGCAGUCAGCCAGGCAGUGUGCUAAGAGGGUGAUUGGCCAGGUGGUGAACAUGGGGUGUUGGGGCAGCUGGGCAUCAGGGAGUGUAUGCAGGGAGGGAGAGCAGGAAGAAGCAACCAUGGAGCCACAGUGCACUCUAAUGAGCAGACAGGGGCUCUGUUGGGCAAGGUGUUGGGGGAGUGGAAACUGGCUGAGAAUAUACCCAGGGGAACAUGCAGAGCAAUGGAGGAGAGCAGGUAAUGCAGGCAGGAGUGGUGCACACCGAGACUGGUUCCCAGCCACAGGGGCUGAAGGGAUACAUGCCACCAUCUGGAGCCACAAUGAGUCCAGUUGGGAGUUGGUACCCCAGGGAUGUGUGAACACAGGACACAAGGUACAAAAGGUAACUGUGCGGUAGCUACACAGGUUUUAGGUGAACCCAAUGUUACUGAGGUGCUUUGAGGUGUAGACAUGGCAUAUCAAUAGUUGUACCAUUAAAGCACCAACCUGCAAUUUCACUUGAAUCUGCAAUUGAGUCAUUUUACAACUUCCUGCUCAGUGGUUUAUCAAAUCAUAUUUUAUUGAAUUCUGCUCAGAUAUUAGAAUUAUUGACAUUUAUUUCUAUUCAGUGCUAUCACCCUUUUUUCAACUUUGUUUCCUUUUGAGAUGAACCCAAGGUGACUUAUAUGGUCAGCUUCACCUCCAUUUUUAUCUGCACAACAAAUCUGUAAGGUAAAUUAGAUGGAAGUUCAGUGAUUACCCUAACACCAUGAAAUGAGCUUCACAGCCAUGUAAGAACUAGAACUUAGUCCAAGCACUCUAAUCAUUAUACUGCACUGGCUUGAACAUGUGCUUUCAAUUUAAUGAUUGAACUAGAGACAUAAUUUGGUCAUGAAUGUAUCUGAGGUUACUUCAGUUAAAUACAAAAUACUUAAAGUAGUCUUCAAAAUAAACUAAAAAUCCUUCUCAUCUUUUCCAUCUUUUGCACACUUGGCCCCACUUUCUCACAUUCCUCAUUUAUUUAGACAACUCAGAUUAAAUUGCCAUGAAUAAAUAUGAUGAACUACGAUUCAAGAUGUGAUUCGUGACUCUUUAAAUACAACAAGGCUUUUUUCUGCUCCUCAGCCCUGUUCCACAGUUGCUAAGCUACCUGAAAACAUUCCAGUGGUUUGGACAACAGAAAAAGUUCAGAGAAUUUCCAAAGGGUGAAGGAGGAAGGGACCUAUACUCAACUCUUCUGAUAAUUCAUGAAGUUUACAACUACGUUGUGAUACUUCAGGGUGUUGGAUUUCAGCUGCUGUACUUAAACUUCAGCUUUCUGUGGCAGCUAAAUCCAUAGGAAACAAAGUUAUGCCAAAGCUAAAAGGGAAAGCAAAAGCGAAAACAGUUUCAGAUGUCUAUAUUCUUGAAAAGUUCCUGAAAACAUAUGAAAAGCAUUGUAUGGAAUCACAAAGUUGUGUCAGUCAGACUAUCAAACAUGGUUUACGGAAAUGCAUAGCAAAUGAAACAUUGAUUACUAAGUUCGUGCUUACAAAUGUGGAACCCUUAUCAGGAAAUUUGCAUCCAGUUUCUCUUACUCCUUUACUAAGGACUAUUCGAGAUGAACGGUAUCAGCUGGGAAGGGAGCUCUGUAUCUGGGGAAUUAAGCUAAGUCCUCAAGAUAUUGCAAACCUUGCAAUCUUACUAGAACUGGAUGGGCGUACCAUCUAUCCAUUUUCCAAAUUAGAAAUAACUCAUCAUGCAUUAGACCUCUGGACCAUGGAAAGACUUGGAGUUGCUUUGCCUUACAGUAAUCUGAGUUCUCUUGUAUUGGAUUAUUCCAAAUGUGGAGAUAAUGGUGUCAGUAGACUUAUUUCUGGAUUAGAGGGGAACAGAAAGCUUUUAACACUUAGCCUCUGCUACUGUGAUUUAGGAUCAGAAAGUGGCUCAACAUUAGCAACCCUUGUAAUCCAAACAGCUAUUUGCAACCUAUUUCUUAAUGGUAAUCACUUGCAAUGUCUGGGUGCCAUCCAACUCCUCAAACCAAUAGCUGAGUAUGCCGAACGCCUUGGCCAAGAAAAGGAAAGAAAUGCUUCAGUGUCUGGUGCUGAUGCUCCUCACCCAACCAUUGGAGCACAUCAAGAUGCAGGUAUUCAUUCAAAAGUUGCCCAUUUGAAUGCUGCUUCCAAAACUGACAUAUUAGAAAACACUGGGAAGAAAAAGAAAAGAAAAGGCUCAAAGAAAAAAAGUAAGGAUCUUGACCCUGGCCCAUGUUUAACAAAACUGUAUUUGGCUGAUAAUGCCAUAGAUGGAAGGUUUAAGCAAAGUGAAGAAAAGAUCUGGGAAUUUAUUCAGCUUUUGACUUGUCUAAUCAAGAAUUCUGACCAGUUGGUGGAAGUUGAUAUCAAUGGCAAUGCUAUAGGAGAACAGUGUGCAGUCAAGAUCUUGGAAGCAAUUAAGGAACGGAAGAAAGAAAAAAUGCCACGCUUAAAAAUCAAGGUGACCCCACAGAUUUCAUCAGUGACUUUCAAAGAAAUUUUCAGGAGUUGGUCCAGAAAUGGUCCAACUAAAAAGAGAAAGAAAAAGGUACAGAAAGUUGUUCCCUUCAUUUUAAUAGUUGUGCAUUGGGAGUGCUGGGAUUUCUUGGUUUAAAAAUAAGUAUUAAUGAAUUACUUAGCUGACUAUAAAUAGAAAAUGAAUAGCAGCUUCAUGCAUAACUAGUCAUGAACAUGACUGAAAUAAUACGGUUUAUCAAGUAGAUAUACCUUUCCCUCAUAAUCCAAGUACUACAAAAUAUUUUGUAGAGAGUCACAAAGUAAAGGUAGCAAGACUUUCUUUGCAUACAGAGUCUCAGUUGAAUUAACAGAACUGUUUUUAGCAAGCUGUUUCCAUUGUAGUAAGUAAUAAGGUUGGAUUAACCAGCAUAAGUAAUUGCAGUAAUGCAUCAAAAAGCAUUCAGUCUUGGCUGCACUUGAGUGAGCUGAGAAAGUAAGACUCCAUGGGUUUAGCUGGAGCCAACUGUUCCCCUGCACUCCAGUUUGUCCAAGAGUUGAGACAGCAAGUGCCCCUAGAUCAGUGGUGGCGAACCUAUGGCACUCUGUCAGCACAUGAGCCAAGUCAUCCCAGCAUUGCCCCAGCAGCCGAGCAUCAAAUAACAGCGCACACAGGGGCCAUGUGCAUGCUCGGAAAGAAGUAGCAGCGCCGGGUGAUGACAUUACGAGCCACGACUCAUUAACCGUGACUCAUCCAAGCUUUCGCAUGGCCUGUCAGAGAGCUGCCAAGGAUAUAUACAUAUUUGCUUGGACUGGCUGUGAAUUGUUUUUUCUA